AUGAGCGCUCUCAUUCAGAUGCGUAAUUCGGCUGGACACUUUAUACAAACUCGUGCACUUCUCGAUACAUGUGCUACAGCCAACUUUAUUACCGACGAACUAGCAAAUAAAUUAAAACUUCCGAUGCAAACAUGUUCAAUUCCUAUCGGAGCCGUUAACGGUAUGCAAACUUUUUCGAGACACAUUGUACAAAUAGACUGCAAAUCCACUAACGAUAAAUUUAAAAGAUCAUUAUCCUUUUUAACUAUUUCAAAAAUUGCAGACUUAAGUCCAAACGAAGUUUUCCCACGAGAAUCUAUUCAAAUACCGAAAACAUUAAAAUUAGCCGACCCUCAAUUUCAUCUACCGAAACCAGUUGACGUACUUAUUGGCUCAGGCACGACUUUAUCACUUUUAUCGAUAGGACAGAUUAACUUGUCACGCAACGACUGCGACUUAAUAUUACAAAAAACUCAACUUGGUUGGGUUGUUGCGGGGGGAGUCAAUGAUGAAAAUCAUAAUCAAUCUGUAGCUUGUCAAUUAACAGAUCUAUCAAAUCAAUUAACGCGUUUUUGGAUCAUUGAAGAUGCCGGGUCUCAAAAUUCAAAAUCGUUCGAAGAGUCUUCAUGCGAAGCUCAUUAUCAACUUCACACGACACGCGAAACAAGUGGGCGCUAUGUAGUACGACUACCCUUUCGCGUAGAUAAGGUCGAUUUUGGAGAUUCAAAAACUCAGGCUUAUAGACGUUUUUUAUCUUUACAGAAGAGAUUAAAUGCAGAUCCUCACCUUAAAACAGAAUACUUUAAGGUAAUGCAGGAAUAUAUAAAUUUGGGACACAUGGUACCGGUAUCAGAUGAACAAAUAUCCGGUUAUUACAUGCCACAUCACCCAGUGAUCAAGGCUUCAAGCAACACUACUAAAGUGCGUGUUGUUUUUGAUGCUUCUGCCAAAUCUGACAAAGGUAUCUCUUUAAACGGCGCUCUAUUAACAGGGCCCACUAUCCAAGACAAACUUUUACUCAUCUACUCCGUUUCCGAACGCACACAUACGUCAUGA